AUGCCAGAGUCAUUGGAAGAAAUUUAUCUUUCUGUGAUUGAGAGAAUUAACUCAAGGCCCUCUGAUGUCAAAUUUGCCGAAUUGAUCCUCAGUUGGCUCAGUUUCUGUGCCAGGCCUCUUAUCUUGAAUGAAGUCGCAGAAGCAGCAGGCCUUGAGGUUCCAGAAGACGUCAUCAAAAUCUGCACAACUUCCCUUGUCACUUUCCGGCGCUCAGAUAAUGAGAUCAGAUUGGCUCAUUUCUCGGUAAAGGAAUUUCUUGUCGCUAUCAAGCGUCCAGGCCAAUGGUUCCAACUCUCCAGCCUGGAUUGUCACGCCAUGAUAGCCGAGUACACUUUGCAACUUCUCCUGCAACAGACAGAGAGGCUAUCUGCAGAGGAACUUGAUGGAGUAGCAAAGGAGGGGUUCCUGCUGCUAAAUUAUGCUGCUCGUCACUGGCCCGAGCACUUUAAAGCUUCUAUUGCCACUCUUCCAACCCCAAAACUCCGAGAAAUGGCGGAUGGGCUUUUUCGUCAGCGAACUAUCUACCGUAACUGGCGUAGUUUAUUGACAAGGGAGGAGAAAAUAAUACAAUCAACUCCUCUCAGCAUUGCAUCUGGAUUAGGUCUCAUUCACAUUGUGAAUGGCCUGCUCGAAGAAGGUGCGGACCCUAUGGAGGGGUUUAAUAAAUUCUGGGAAUACUAUGAAAUUGAACCUUAUACUAGGAACCCUUUACAAAACGCAUUAUUGAAUGCCUCGUGGAAUGGGCACGUGGAUAUAUUGAAUUUACUACUGACCAAAAUGAAAGCCUGCAUGUGUUCUGCUAUGGCCGCAGAUAUAUUGAGAAUGGUUAGACACGACAGCCUCUCAAGCAAGGCACUGGAAAAUGUCAUGGACAGUCUUUCAGUUUCAGGGGGAAUUUAUGCUGGAACUAGAGACUCGGAUCAAAGCCUUCAAAUAGACGCGCAAGUGGUUAUUGCUGUGUCCAAGAACGAAACUUGCGGGUUGAAACUAAUGACAAUCCUCCUUGAUCGAUUUGAUGAAACAGGAAUUGUGGUUGUGCCUGUAACCGAGAAAGUGCUGGAGGUUGUGUUGAAAACGGAGGAUGUGGGUUUGACAUCUUGCAGCUUUUUCUACGAAGACGCUCUGCCGAUGCUAAAAUCUAUCCACGAAUAA